GACAUAGUUUCGACAAUGAUGAAGCUGGGUGCCCACACCUUGAUGAAACAAUUGACGAAAAGUACGCUGUCACCAACUGAGGAGGCGUUAUUGGAGUUAUCGAUCUCGCGGAUUGUCAAUACGCUCAAUACUUCAAUGCAGGAGACCUAUCAAAACAUUUUCUCUCCAUAUCAGUGGGCCCAUAUUCAGAAUGUUGCAUCCGCAUCAAACCUUGACAGCUACGACGGUUUAACGGCAGAAUCCAGUGCCCUUUUCGAUGCCGUUGUUAAUGCUGGGGACACGGUCUGCGACGUCAUCGCUUUCAUCGACGAGAAAAAAUUACAAAUAUCGAAAACAAGAUCUCAUCAACAAAGUCAGUCAUACCUGAUGCUGCUCAUCCUGGAACACAUCGUUCGAAAUUGGGAUCGCUGGUCAAAAAAAGCGGAUGAAUCGGAAUUGACU